GAUACCGGAUUUUCACAGCUCAAGGCCGCAGAACGCAGAACUCGUCGUCUACUGGUUCCCACAGCCUUCCAGCUCCACCUUCACAAGGCCAAUCUUCUUCAAUCUUCUCACAAUUUUCAAAAGUUCCAACUCGAAACACAAACUCGCAAGCACACUUUUCUGCACAAACAUCUGUCACCAUGCUCAAUAAGGUUGCUACUAUCCUCCCCUCAUCCUUUGUUCCUGGAGAGAACCACAUUAUCAUCGGUCGCGGCCGUUUUGUUAAGCAGCACGUUGCCAAUCGUCGGUUCACGAAGAUGAUCACUGAUAUUGCCGUCGAGUACUCGGCCGCCCCCUGCAAGGCCGAGAAGGGUGUUAUCCUUACCAAGUUGAUCAACAGGAUCCAUGAUCAAAGCCCUGAUGCUGGGUUCGUACGAAAGGAUCCCAUCACUGGGCAAUGGAGUCUUGUGGAAGAGUCGCUUGCUCGACAAACUGCAGCACAGGCACUGCGCAACCACCUUAGCAGCGAAUACCGUUCCUCCAAGCAAUUCAAGCAAAAGAGACGCAUCGAGCAAAUCAAGGAAAUGGAAGAGCUCAAGCGAACGAACAGUGGAAACAGCAUUGAUAAUGCAAUGCGGGUUUCGGCGCUCUAUGGCUCUCCUACCAGGAGUACUUCAACGGCUUCUUCCCGAUGCGUGUCUCCUGAUGAUGACGAAACCAACCAAAUCAAGGAUACUCUGUCUCUUCUCAUGUCCGCGUUUGGCAGCGGUAUUAACAAAGGAGAUAAUCCUUUCGAGCCUCGACCACUUCCUCCAUCCAUGGACCUUAGCAACCAGCUCAGAUUUGAACCCCUUCGAUUCGCAGUAUAAAAAGCUGCUCCUCUCCGGUCAAAGGCCCCUCUCCUCCCGCUCACAUGACCAACCACUGCUCACCAGGACAAACCCAAGCAAUCUGUACAUAUACUAUAGACAAUAUAUCCAUAAUAAAUGCCGCAAACACACUG